UGUUUGUGAUUGGUCAUAACCUUUUCCGGUGAGGCAUCCAUCCAUCCGAGGACUGUGAGAAAGCCAGUGUAAACGGAGUAAAACACGUACACAAACUCAUCUAAGCGACUCAGCAGGUCACCAUGGCGUCCAGCAGUACGAGCAGUGAAGAAGAGAGGAGCUUGCGGGAAUGUGAGCGCUAUGUGCAGAAGCACAACGUCCAGCAGCUGCUGAAGGACUGCAUUGUGCAGCUGUGCACUAACAGGCCUGAAAGGCCCAUGGCUUUCCUCAGCGAGUACUUCGAGAGGCUUGAGAAGGAGGAAGCUAAACAAUUCGUCAGCCAGCAGAAGUCAAGCUCUCGUUCAGACUCCCGUGAAGAUGAGGUUUCUCCUCCCAUGAACCCUGUGGUUAAGGGCAGACGGCGCCGCGGUGCCAUCAGUGCAGAGGUCUACACUGAGGAAGAUGCAGCAUCUUAUGUCAGAAAGCAUGGUCAGGGAAGUACUCUGAGAAAGAGAAAAAUGUAUGAGGAAUUCCUUAGCAAAGUCUCGAUUUUGGAGUCUCUGGAUAAAUGGGAACGGUUGACAGUUGCUGAUGCCCUCGAGACAGUCCAGUUUGAAGAUGGCCAGAAGAUUGUUGUGCAGGGUCAACCAGGAGAUGAAUUUUUCAUUAUCCUUGAGGGUUCGGCAGCAGUCCUGCAGCGGCGGUCGGAGAAUGAGGAAUUUGUAGAGGUUGGAAGACUAGCACCAUCUGACUACUUCGGUGAGAUUGCUCUGCUCAUGAACCGGCCUCGUGCCGCCACCGUGGUUGCUCGUGGCCCGCUGAAGUGCGUAAAACUUGACCGUCCCCGGUUCGAACGCGUGCUCGGCCCCUGCUCAGAUAUCCUGAAGCGAAACAUACAGCAGUACAACAGCUUUGUAUCUCUGUCGGUCUGAGGCGCACUAGGCUCUUUCCUCUAUUGCAGGGUCCACCAAUGAAAAUCCGCUUUAUUUUCUUACUUUUCUUUAUGCAUUUUCCAACACCCAGGUGCCCAUUCACUUCAGUGUUCUCUCUCUCUCUUAUCUGUUUUUUUCGAUUUGUGCCGUACCCUGUCAUGUUCUUAUCCAUCGUAGAUUUACCAUAAGGCUGGUUGUUAUUUUUGCCUGAGAAACGAGCCAAUCUUUGUGCCACAGAUGCCUGUCAUGUGAACAGAUGUUGAACUAACAAGGUCUGUCGGGAUUGUCUCUUUCCUCCAAAAUUGCUUCGCGUUUCUGUAUAACAGUGUUUUGAAUGGAAGGAAAUCAGUGGCAGGGUUAACAGUCAUGUAGUCUGUCUAUUCAGUAUAUGAUGAUCUUAAUUGAGGCAUCGAGUUUCAGAUUCUGUUUUCCCUCGUUCAUUUCAAGCAUUUGAGUUUAGGGAAGCCAAAGGCAUAAAUCCAUGUGUGUUAUGUUGUUUUCUUGGGGGUACUGAAGUUAAAGCGGUCCUAUUACCUGCUGCAA